CUAAAGGGAGCCGUUGGUUGUGCUCUCCUCUGAUUGGCUGGCGGAUGAAUAUUUACGGAAGUAGUCAAGUUUAAGUGGAUUAGAGGAGCGACACACGACAGCUUGUCGACUGGUCUUGGUGACAUACUAAUAUGCAGACAGACGAUCAUGGUUCUGGCCUAAGAACAUUUCGUGUUCUUGUUGGUGUCACUGGAAGCGUUGCAGCCUUGAAACUGCCUCUUUUGGUAUCCCAGCUCCUUCAGCUCCCUAGGGUGGACGUAAGAGUGGUCACUACAGAGCAUGCCAAGCACUUCUACGAUCCUGCAGAGGUUUCAGUAAAAAUCUACAGUGACAAGGAUGAGUGGGAGCUGUGGACUCAGAGAUCUGACCCUGUGCUACACAUUGAGCUACGACGCUGGGCAGACCUACUUGUCAUUGCCCCCCUUGAUGCCAACACUCUUGGAAAGAUUGCUAGUGGCAUUUGUGACAAUCUGCUGACAUGUGUGGUAAGAGCAUGGGACACCAGUCGCCCUCUCCUCUUCUGCCCUGCGAUGAAUACAGCUAUGUGGCAACAUCCCAUUACAGCCGAGCAGAUUUCCAGGCUGACAGAGUUUGGAUAUGUGGAAAUUCCCUGCAUUGCUAAGAAGCUAGUGUGUGGAGAUGAAGGUAAAGGGGCCAUGGCAGAGGUAUCGACUAUUGUCAGUGUUGUCAAACAGUAUCUGCAGAAACCAGAUGAGUCAUCUUAGAAAACAUGUACGACACAUUGUAUGAUGAUGAUUGUGCUUUGACCUUCAAGGCCCUACACACCCAUGAUAAACACUGUUGCUUCCACCUAUUUUACGUGAUAUGUCCUCUUGUGGAGAUUGCAUGGAUGAUUACAGACCGGCGAUGACUGGCAUCUCCCUGACUCCCCUGUUAGUUUUGUUGCACCUGUGCAACAUGCACCUUUACCCUUCUUAUUACUACAUGGACUAAUGGAUAGCUCAACCCAAGUGCCCAAGUGAAACCUCUGCAGCCUAAUCCGUCAGAAUAACAUAAUGACCUUUAGCUGUUACCAGCAGCUCUUAGAGUAAAAUUUUAAACAGUUUGGUGCUUGUUUUCAUAUGCAUCAUCGAUUUAUCAUGAAAUUAUACUGACAUGAUUGAUGGUUUACUAGAGAGAGGAUACCCUUCAGCUAAUGUUGUCAUUUAAGCCAUUUAAGCCCAAAAUCACAUUUAAAUAUGGGAUAGUAUAUUUCUGCUCACAAAGCGGCAUUUCAUUAGUGAAAUGUCAUCGAGCUUAUGUGAGUACAUUGAAAAAUGCAACUCCUGUAUUGACAUUAUGGCUGCGCCUCGCUUCCUUGUCUUUUUCCUCUAACGGAGAUUGGCAAAGAAAUGAUGCAUCACUGCCAGCAUUGUUAAAAGAGUGAUGGUUAUUGGACAAACCUGUUUAAUGAUGUACUCUAUUUGUCUUUACAAGAAAAAAAAAAGCAUGGUUCUUCUGGAUCCCUGUUACUGUUUAUUUUGUGUUGGAAGCUGAGCAAACAAUGUGGUUGUGGUUCUAUGGAAAAUGAUAUGUAAGGUAUGGGCAUGCUAUUGUCUUUUGUCACAUCACUGUAUGAAGUAAGAACACAACCUUAAUUUAAUAACUUAAUGGCGGGUCGCUGAAACAAAAGGUGAUUCUCAUUCCUGGGCUGUUCACGUUGACACACUUAAAUUGCUAUUAGGGAAUUGGAUGGAUACUGUCAGUGUCCAAGGUAUAAAGUGAAGGAAAUCUGGAUUAAAAAAUAAGUUUUAAAGAGUUCGGUCUAGACCUGCUCUAUUUGAAAAGUGUCCUGAGAUAACUUCUGUUAUGAAUUGGCGCUAUACAAAUAAAAUUGAAUUGAAUUGAA